AUGUCAAUAUACCAGCCUUUGCAAUCUCAAGCCGGACCGUCUAAAACUUUUUCCGAUGGUUCGUAUGAGAUAGUUGUCUGCAAAUGGGGCUGGUGUCGGUCUACGUUUUCCAAUGGCGCGGAACUUGCCCAUCAUGUCAUUCACCAGCAUGCCCGUUGCGCUAUACCUGUGAGGAGGCGCGAUUUGUCCCUAAUACGAAGAGCAGAGGAAGGCAUAGGCGAGAGCCUCCGCUUCUCAAAUAUCUUGAGCGGCCAUACCUGUAACAAUGCAGAUGAACAGUCUCAAAAGUUAGCAAAAGACUCUCGGCAUGGUCUGUCACAAGCAUCCCCGAAGGUGCCUCAUUCAACAUUACCUUCUCCUCCGGUUACCAGUCGGGCAAACACUUCCCCUCUUCAUUUCAAUGAACCCUUGCCUGGAAGUAUCGAGCAUGCUUCGCACGAACACAGUUUGGACAUGGACGAUAUCAUAUCAAUACCUACGGCAGACAUUCGCCCUCUGGACCAGGACGAGAAUACGCACAGUUUCGCGGCCCUUAGCUCUCCUACUGAGUCCUCAGCUUCAUUUACUGCACCAGAUAUUCCUCAUUCGCCUUCAUUCAGCUCAUUAGUCGACAGAUCUUUUAAACGCAAGUCAGACAAUGAUUUUUAUCACAAGCCUGUCGCAAAGAAGGGUCGAUUAUAUCGACACCAUCCAUUGUCACAGUCGGCCAACUCUUCGACCGGUUCUCAUGCCUCAGUUGAACAGCACUUAACGCAGAGUUUUGAGUCUUCCGAAGAUGGACAUGAAAGUGGAGAAGAUCUAGACAAUGAUGAUACUUCGAGUCAGAACUUUUCACAUCAUUCGAAAUCAUCAGAGCCCGAAGACCCAACUCAUCACUCAAAGUUGGAUCACAGUAUAACAAGACCUGAUGCAUUUCAGGACCCACAAUUUACCCAGUCCAGCUCGACCGAAGACUCACACUUCGUUGGGGCUCACUAUGAGCUUUUAACACAGGGUCCCUCCCAAUUCCAAACCCAGCCGCCAACAGCUUCCUUCCCUUUGCAUUUUCACAGACCUAAGACAGCAUCAUCCAGUCAGAUGGAACAUCUUUCUCCUCCAGUUCCUCUAUCAUCAUUAAAAUAUGCGACAAGCACCCCUCAGCAACGACAAAAUUGGUAUCAGCCUCCUACACUUCAAUGUGGUGUCAACCAGUCCAUUGACCAGUCUGGAGCAGUCGAAAACUGUAAUCUUGACGCUUCAAAUUCUAAUAAUGCCGUUGCUUGUUCCCAGCGCAGUCAAGGUCAGAAUUCAUCAAAGUCGAAAAAAUUCAGGUCGGGAACUCUACAGAUUUCACCCGCUCAACUGUCACAAAAUCGCAUCAACGAAGAAAUUCCUGCUCGUGAACAGGCCUUGGUUCAUAAUGAUACCUUGUUGCAUGACAUCUACGGUGAUAUUUUGAAUCAGCACGACUCACAAUCGUAUAUGGAUUCGUCACAAUCCGUUGACGAUUUUUCUUAUCCCCCAUUGCAGACUCAGGCGCCUUAUGAAAGCCAAAAUAAAAUUCAGAUAGAAAUGUCCUCGGGUUCUGUUAAAUUAUCCAGUUCCAACAACCCCCAUGAUGGCAUGGCCUUGACGAAGUUCGAACCCGAACUCCUCCUGCUCGUUUUUAUUCAUGGAUUCAAAGGAACUGAUACAACCUUUGGUGACUUUCCGAAACGUCUCGAGCACCUUCUCACUGAGAUCAUUCCUCAAGUUAAGACGGAGUCCAUAGUCUUUCCUGCAUACGAGACGAAGGGAGAGUUGGACAAAGCAGUAGUGCGUUUUGCUGAUUGGCUCACCACAUUAGUAGUCGAAAGAGAAGUAGCGUCCGGAUUGGGUGCAGGGAAGGCUAAGGUCGUAUUAUGUGGGCAUAGCAUGGGAGGCCUUCUUGCUGCCGAUACUCUUCGCGAAUUUGUACACACUCGCCCUGAUAAAAACGCACCCCUUUGGCCAAAAAUAGUUGCGUGCAUUGCAUUUGACACUCCAUACUUUGGUUUGCAUCCUUUCGUUGUUAAAAACAGCGUCACGAAAGCCGCCCAAUAUGCAAAUACUGCUACGACAGUUGGCAGUGCACUGCUUGGAGCUAUUGCCAUGCUUGGGGCUAAAAACGCGACACAACCUGAACGCAACAGGAGAUCUGCAACUCCUCCUGCCCAAUCUUCAUGGUCUGGCUGGGGUGCUGCUUUGGGAGGCGCUGUUCUGGCAGGAGCAGCGGCGGGGGUCGCUUACUACAAGAAGGACGAUCUAAAUAUAGGAUUUUCAUGGGCGAGCGAUCACCUCAAAUUUGUCGGAAACUUAUGGGACGUGGAAUCACUAGAGAAGAGAGUAGAGGCUCUGGUAGACAUAGAGAAGGAAUAUGGUGUAGUCUUCAGAACUCUGUAUACCAUCCUCCCACCUAAUCCUCCCGAGUUUCUUACUUCUCGGACAUUCGUUGUCUUGCCAAAAUACGGGAGUCGCGCGGAGGCCCACUUCCUUCCCGCAAGUAACGGGGUUGCGUCUGAUGAAAUCCAGGGCCAUAUAGGUAUGUUUGCAGGGAAUACAAACGACGGCUAUUACAAGCUUGGGUUGGAUACCGCCGGUCUCGUUCGGGACGCUGUUCUGUCAAGUAGAGGAAUCGUCGAGAAUGUUCCUUCGCCACCAGAUGGUUCGCCAGAUAUCGCUCCCUUUCCUGUACCGAGCAAGGACGAGCACAGUGAUUUGGUCCAGUUUUGA